AUGCCAAUCCCAACGCGCUCGGUCUCCGGAAAAGAAAUCCGGAAGCAGCCCUCCACUGUAGGGCGCACCAUUCCAAGCCUGAAGCCGCCGGCCACACCCCAGGCAAAUGAAGAGAGUCCGUCCAAAACCGCGCCCUCAAAAACCGCUCCAUCUACGAAAACCGCUACAUCCACUAUUCCAACCCGUCGCCAAAGCCUCAUCCGCCCGAGUCAGUUGCAGUUGCGAACCACAUCUUCUGCCAAGCCCACCACUCUCCCCGCAAGUACAAGAAUUGUUGGACGCGGUCCGACCUCCCCAGUCAAGCGCGAUGACACAGCUAGACAGCAGAACGGAACUCCGACCUCUCCGAAGAAGACAGAGAUGCUUCCUCCCGCGCGACCGGUUCGUUCAUCCUCUCUGAGACAGCCGACGAGCUCAAGCUCUGGAACAUCGACAGUGCAGCGGGGACAUGCGAGACAUAAGAGUCAGAUUGUCACGCCGGUUCCCAAAGCUAUUCAAACGCCGUCGACAACGACGUCAACGGCGGCCAGGUCCCGAAAUCAGUUUCCUACGCAUCAACAGCAGUUCUCACCGAAGAAGGCACAGUUUCCACCAACCAUAACAACGCCCUCUGCCCUCUCCAAACAGGCCUCUUCCUCGAUCCCUUCGUCCUGGCCAGAAAUAGCGGCGCUACAGACCGAACUUCUUCAGCUCAGCCUUUUACAUAUAGCCGAGCAACGGCACAACGACCAGUGGGAACGAGAUGCUGAAACGCAAUUACGGAAGAAAUAUAACUCCGUGGCGGACGAUUACAGGGCUGUCUUGAACGUGGAGAAAGAGUCGCAAAGAAAACUCAAUGGGCAGGCGUUGUAUUACUGGCUCAGAAAUUCGGGCGAGCAUAACGGGCAGCAGGGAUUUGCGCAGCAGGUUCAGCUUCUAUCUCAAAUUUCUCAGGAGGUGUAUGGUCUUAGUGACAGUCACGGGCGGUACACAGUGGCGAUCUUAGAGUUCGAAGGCUGGCUUCGGCGAGUUGAAGAAAUUCAACAGGCCCGCAUGCGCGUAGGACAAGGAGGCGAUGACUUCGUUGACCCUAUUGACCGUGAGUGGAAGGAAGAGACCAGAGCCUUGAUAAUGAAGCUGGAACUGGCAUCCAGGCAACUGCAGAGUCUUGAUAUUCUAGGCUACGGGGACGUGGAAGCGCUCAACAAUUCUGCCUUGCUUCGAACGGCCAAAGGUCUAAAUGAUCUGAUCAGCCAAAUGAUCGAAGAAUUGAGCGUCAUUCGCAGGAUUGAAGCGGACAUUAUGAAAUCCGAAAAGAGUCGGGUUAGUCAGCUAGCUUUACAGUUGGUUGAGAUGCAACCGCGCGAGGAUCGAGCAGUGCCGAGAACUGGACUUUGGACACGAUCUGCGCUCAAAUCCUGA